UCCCACGCAGAAAUGGCGGCUGCCAUUAGUUUUGUCAGUAAGGCGAAUCGCAUUUCUACACGUUAUUUGCAGUCCUGUUUGGUAAAUUUUAGAUAUUUUCACAAAAGAUGUUCGCGAAAUUGCAAUAUGAUCGCCAGCAAACGUCCGAAGCACAGAACAGAGCUCGUUCAAUCACAAAAUGGUACAGGGUUUGGAGAUCCCCAUGUGAGGUUGUACCCAAAGAUUUCCUGCAGGGCUUUUUCAGAAAAUCUUACUGAUAAAGAUAACUUUUCAAAGGAAGAGGAUUUUGAAGCAGGUGAUACUGUGCAUAUUAUAAGGGAAAGCGAAAGAGUUAUUGGUGAAACCCAAAGGCAUGAAUUUCAAGCAGAAACCAGACAAUUAUUGGACAUUGUAGCCAAAACACUUUAUUCUGAGAAAGAGGUUUUUAUUCGUGAAAUAAUAUCCAAUGCAUCUGAUGCACUGGAAAAACUUCAAUACCAGUUCUUGACUGGAAAAGAUGUAUUUGAAAAUGAACUUCCUCUUGAAAUAAACAUUGCAACAAAUCAAGACAGAGGAACUCUGACUAUCCAGGAUUAUGGCAUUGGAAUGACAGAAGAAGAAUUGUUAGAUAACUUGGGCACUAUUGCCAGGUCUGGAUCCAAAGCUUUCCUUGAGGAACUGGGCAAACUGGAACAAGGAGAUUCACGAGAGAAAAGCAUUAUUGGACAAUUUGGCGUGGGCUUCUAUUCUACAUUUAUGGUGGCUGACAGAGUUGAUGUGUUCACUCGUUCUUUUUGUCCUGACAGUAAAGGAUUCUUAUGGACUUCUGAUGGGUCUGGUUCAUUUGAGAUGGCUGAGACAGAGAAUGUAACUAGAGGCACAAAAGUGGUCAUGCAUCUUAAGGAUGACUUUAAAAAUUUUUCAAUCAAAACAGCAGUUGAAGAUAUUAUUAAAAAAUACAGCAACUUUGUGGGUUUCCCAAUAUAUCUGGAUGGCACAUGCAUCAAUACAAUUCAGCCUUUGUGGAUGCUGGAUCCAAAUGCUAUAAGCACUCAAGAACAUGAGGAGUUUUAUCAGUUUAUUGCUAAGAAUUACGACAAGCCAAGAUACACGCUUCACUACAAGACAGAUGCUCCUUUGAACAUCCGCAGUAUAUUUUACAUUCCGGAAACUGUUCCACAGCUUUUCACAAUGGCAAACACAGAAUGUGGUGUAUCUCUUUACAGUCGCAAGGUCCUUAUUCAAUCCAAGGCAGACAAGGUUUUGCCAAACUGGUUGCGAUUUGUAAAGGGAGUGGUGGAUAGUGAAGAUAUACCGCUUAACCUCAGUAGAGAACUUCUUCAAGAUAGUGCCCUUAUAACUAAGCUCAGCCAAGUGCUAGAGUCACGAAUUGUCAAGUUUCUUCAGCAGCAACAAAAGAAGGACAGAGUUAAGUAUGAAAACUUUUUCAAGGAAUGUGGUGCUUUCUUCCGUGAGGGAAUAGUGAGCAGUAACAGUGAAGAUGUUAAACAAGACAUAGCCAAGCUGUUGUUGUUUGAGUCAUCAAAGGAAAAGGCUGGGGAAUUAACCCCACUUUCUGUAUAUGUAUCACGCAUGAAACCAACUCAGCAAUAUGUAUACUAUUUGUGUGCCCCAAGUCGUGAACUUGCAGAGACAUCUCCUUACUAUGAAGCCCUAAAAAAGGAUGAUGUUGAGGUAUUGUUUACUUAUAAUGAACAAGAUGAGGUAACUCUUCAUUACCUUAGUAAAUUUGAUGAGAAGAGAAUCAUGGCUGCUGAGAAUUACUUUUCAGUUGAGAGAGAAGUAAAAACAUCAACAGACAUAAUUGAUGCAGAUAAGACAUCUGAUUCUCUAACAGAUGAGCAAGCAAAAGACUUAGCAGACUGGAUAAGUUUAACCUUGGGAAAGGAAAAAGUCCCUGUAGUUAAGGUAUCCAAACAUCUGAGUGAGACCAGUCAUCCUGUGAUGGUCACUGUGCCUGACAUGGUGGCAGCUAAACAUUGGCUCAAAGUCAUGAAAGCACAGCAGCACCAGGAUAUCGACAAUACAAAGUAUCACUUUUUUCAACCUACAUUGGAGAUAAAUCCCAGCCAUGAUUUGAUCAAACAACUGCAAGAGGUUCGGUCAGUGAAUUCAGAUCUAGCUGUUAUGGUUGUUCAUCAGUUGUUAGACAAUGCAAUGAUAUCUGCAGGAUUACUUGAUGACCCAAGGAGCAUGGUGGGCAGAUUGAACUCUCUACUAGCUCAAGUGCUUGUCUCAGCUAAUGGAACGGCUAAACCUGAGUGACCAUACAUCUUUAUUCUACCAAGAAGAAGCUGCAUUCCAGGGGCUAAACCGCUUAUAGCCAUCAGCGGGCUAACAGUGAACGAGGUUUUUUCCCUGUUUGUAUCAGACAUAUCGUAGAACUCUCAUUAGUGACUGAUCACAUUAUAGUCGGUAAACUGUCUUAAGUGUGCCAGGAUCUAGAAUGGGAUCCCAUUACUAGCAAAACUACUCAGGAACCAAGAAGAAUUUAUGCCGACAAAUUGGAAAACUCUUGAUAAAAAUAUUAUAAUUGAUACCAAUGAAAUACAUCUGUGUCAGAAUUUCUGUUGUAUAGCUGAGUCCUAGCCAAUAUUCGUUUGUUCGGUUCUUGGAUCAGGACAAUGGUGACAAUGGUGACAAUGGUGACUUCGUCAAGAGCUUAUAAAUUUCGUUCUCGCUCGAUGUCACUUGAAAUCAUUGAAACGUACACGGGAGAUCAAUAGUUGUUGAAACAUAGAGUUUUCAUGAAAGCUGCACACUGUAGUUAAAUUAGUCGUUAAGAUACAUUUUUGUGAGGAAAGUGAUUUACCUGAAUAAAUCUUCUUGUAGUUCCAUCUA